CUGAAAGUCUGGUAAUCUUCAGGAAAACCAAAGCACUUCCUGUGGCGUUGAGAUAUUGAAAAAAUCCGAAUAAAUCAUUGCACGAAACAGUAAAACCACAAUCAGGCAAUUAUUUGCUUUAGCUUCGUAGCUGUGACCUGCAUAUCACUGAUAACGCUAAUAAUCCAGUCAAUACUAGUAGUAUUGUUAGCCUGAGCCAAAGAUGAACUUAUCUUACUCGCACUGUGACAAAUUACAAAUAAAGAUUGGCUCCCAUCGAAGCCAUUAACAUCAGCGCAUUUUAGCUCAAAUAUUUGCCUGGUGAUAAUGCUUAAUGAUGUUGUGCCUAAGUAGAAAAUGACGAUAGGCAACUGAGUCCUAAUCCUGCUAACGAGGAACAUUCCUGGGAUGUUCCUGCAAUUAAAUCGUCGCACAAUGCUCGUUAUUUGAACCGUUCAGGAGACUUCGGCAAAUACCAGGGCUGGCAGUUUGCGUUGCACAUUCUGUCUGCGGUGACCGCAGGCCUCAAUAUGCUCUCCCUAGUGACAGUAGCCGCUGUUCCAGACCAUCGAUGCAAAAUCCCGGGAGAAAACGGCUCCAGCUUCCACAACGCCACUUCCAUAGCUGACUACAUCCCCAUGCUGCCCAACGGUAAGAUGGACAGCUGCGCCCUCAUAAACUCCACCAGCAAUUCCAGCUACCGCUGCGACCAAUGGGUGUUCGAUGACACCUACUACCAGUCCUCCACAGCCAUGGAUUGGACGUUUGUCUGCGACCGCAGGUGGAUGGGCGCAGUCGCUCAGUCCAUGUACAUGUUCGGAGUGUUCACUGGGGCAGUUUGGCUGGGCAACAUGGCCGACAAGUAUGGCAGGAAGCCGAUUUUCUGCUGGUCGGCCCUCCUGCAGCUCAUUCUGGGGGUUGGGGUGGCCUUCGCCCCCAACUACUACUCGUUCAUCAUCAUUCGCUAUCUGUAUGGUAUCGUCGGCUCAGCUGGCAGCUACAUUCCUGGAUUCGUGCUCACGAUGGAACUAGUGGGGGCGAGCAAGAGAUCCAUGUGCGGCAUCUCAUUCCAAGCCGCCUUUGCCUUCGGAUUCAUGCUAGUGGCCGGAUGGGGGGCUUUGAUCAAAGACCGAAUAUUGCUCCAAGUAGUCUAUGGAUGCCACGCCCUCGUCCUCAUGGGCCACUUCUGGCUGAUGGACGAGUCGCCUAGAUGGCUGUGGGCAAAUGGGCGCACGAAGGAAGCGGUGGCCAUUAUCCAGAAGGCCCUCAAAACCAACAAAAUCGACAAAACAAUCGAUGUCUCCAAGUUGGCGAAUGAGGCGCCUCCAAGUGCUGGAGGUGAAGAGGCCGGAAUGCUCGACCUGUUCAAGACGCCCCGCUUGAGGAAGAUGACCCUCAACAUCUGCCUGGCUUGGUUCGCCAACUCGCUCGUCUACUAUGGACUGUCUCUCAACACCGGAAGCCUCAAAGGCAACCCCUACUUGAUCCUCUUCAUUAUGGGGAUGGUGGAGAUCCCCAGCUACGUGAUCACGGUGUUUGCAAUGGAUAGACUGGGCAGGCGCUUUAUCACCUCCACCAACAUGAUCUUGGGCGGACUGUGCUGUAUCGUCGCCGCCAAUCUCACUAUGGGCGGCUCCCUCUCCACUUGGUUUGUCUUCAUCGGCAAGUUUCUGAUCGCCAGCUCAUUUGCAGUGGUUUACAACUACUCGGCCGAGCUGUUUCCCACUGUGAUCCGCAACUCGGCCAUGGGACUGGGCUCCAUGUGUGCCAGGACCUCCGGAGCGCUCACUCCUCUCAUCAUCCUCUUUGACUCAUUCGAUCCCAAGUUGCCUUCGACGAUUUUCGCGGUGAUUUCCCUCAUCUCCGGCCUCCUCACGCUCUUCCUGCCGGAAACUUUGAACAAAGACAUGCCGCAAACCAUUGAGGAUGGCGAGAACUUCGGGCAAGGCGACACGUGCUUUACCAGCUGCCUGCCAACGAAAGUCAAGGAGGAACGCGCGAAGUCUUUGAGGGAAUUGGAGCCGCUCAAAACUUGACCAGAGCAGGGUGGGGGCCUCACUUGCCAAGGAACUGUUGAGGGUUUUGCGGGCGAAUCUGCAAUAUACAGGGAGUCGAAGAA